AGUUCCUUAACUUACUUGACAUCUUUGCAGUGAUGAGCAGCAGCAGAAACAGAUGUUUCUCUAGAAACAGCUUUCUCAAGAACAGCCGUUCAGUGGAAAAGACGAGGCACUGGUGGAGAGAUCUAUGGAUGGGACAGGGAGUGGAUUCCACACAUGGUAUGGGCAGGACCUUGUUAACCGUUGGACACCUGUGAUGGAGUGCAUCUGGAGGCUGGUGGCUGGUUGCCAUAGGCGGGCCAUGGGCAGCAGCCAAGCCUUACAAGGCCGUGCACCACUCAGAAAGUCCAGUGGCGGGGUGUGGAAUCUCCUACUGCGAGAGUGGUUCUCCUGCGGGUGCUGAACAAAAAGCAGAACAAGUUUUUCAUCAUGAACACAGACAAACAUCCUGCUGGAUUUACCCCCUCAGAGGAAGACGGGACGGACGUUUGCCGUGAUGCUGCAGAUGCAAAGCCAAAGGAAGAGGAAGAAGAGAGGGAGGAUAACUCGUUAAGCGAGAAUGGAAUGCAGUGUGCUGAAGGUGUGAUGGAUCCACGUAAAUGUGCAAUAAAGACCGAGGCUGAAGAGAUGGACGAUAAUGAGCAGUACUCCAAGACUGAAAAAGAAAGCGAGAUUGUACCAAAAGAGGAAGCAGAGGGGGCCAGCGAGGACGGGAUGGAGGAAGGAUUUGAUGAAGAGAGGACAGAGGGGGACGAUGAUGAGGAGAGGGAUGGGGAGGGGGAUGAAGAGGGAGAUACUCUGAGCGAGCCGCAGGACCUGUCGCUUGUAGACUAUUCACGCUACGACAGUGCCACCCUGACAGACGCCCACACAGCAGCAACGACAGAAGGGGCCUACGUGCCUGGAGCUGUGGCCCCCCGCAUCCAGGCAACAGGCAAGCUCAACUGUGACAUCUGUGGCCUUUCCUGCGUCAGCAUCAACGUACUGUUGGUGCACAAACGUAGCCACACGGGUGAGAGGCCAUUCCAUUGCAGUCAAUGCGGGGCCUCCUUUACCCAGAAGGGAAACCUGCUUCGCCACAUCAAACUGCACUCCGGGGAGAAGCCUUUCAAAUGCCCCAUGUGCAGCUACGCCUGCCGUCGGCGUGACGCUCUGAGCGGGCACCUGCGCACACAUUCUGUAGAGAAGCCCUUCAAGUGCAACCACUGCAGUCGCAGCUACAAGCAGCGCAGCUCCCUCGAAGAGCACAGAGAGAGGUGCCAUGUGUACAUUCAGAGCAAAGGUCCUGCUGAAAGAGCAGAGGACGGCCACACAUCCAGGACUCCGAUGGGCACUGAGCGUGCUCUGCUGCUCGACAGGCUCGCCAGCAAUGUAGCCAAACGGAAGAGUUCAAUGCCACAGAAGUUCACCGGCGACAACGGUGUCUGCCUGGACUUGAGCUUUAACAGGGAGCUGGUUCCCCGAACUGACGUCAAGGACCCUCUGCCGAGUUCCCCAGGCCCCGACUCCCACCAUCAACAACAAUCGAUGCUCACAGACAGCGACCCGGCUCCCUCCCACAGGCCCUACCCCAUCCCGUUAAGCCGCAACGACAUCAGCCCCAUGGGCCUCACUAACGGCCACAAGAUGGGCAUGCCACUCCUGGGCCUCCCUCAUACCGCCCAACCACCCCUCGGCAUGGACUCAUUCCACACUGACGGCUCCCAGAUCUCCCAGCCCAUCAUGUACAGCUUAGGGCACCUGCUGGGGGGGCUGAACCACCAGAACGGUGUCCCUCACCCACACGCCCAGCCCAUCCCUUUGUCCCCUCUGGAGGCUUUGCGGGUGGUGCGGGCCGACGGAGAGGCCGGAGGGCUGCCCGGGGCGGUGUAUCCCUGCGGCCACUGCAGGGUGAUCUUUCUAGACUAUGUUAUGUUCACCAUCCACAUGGGAUGCCACGGCUUCCGCGACCCACUCGAAUGCAACGUGUGCGGCCACCGCAGUCGGGACCGUUACGAGUUCUCCUCACAUAUAGCCCGUGGCGAGCACCGCCUAGAACUGAAGUAGCUUUCAUUCAUGCAGACAUUUACAUGCUUAUACAAACACACAUACACACACACACACCUGCUCAUACAGAUAACACUGUAUGAGCACACACACAGAUUUACUCAUAUAAGUAGCUAGUAGUAUCAGAAAUGAAAGCAUGAAGUAGCAGCUAUCUCUCUCUCUGUCUUGUGUCUGUGUUCGAGUGUAUGUGUGUGCAUGUGUGUGUGCGUGUGUGUGUGUGUGUGAGAGAGAGAGAGAGACGUUAAAGGAGUGUGACGGGUUUCAGAGUGUUCUUAGUCAUACUGUACUCAUCUGAAAAGAUGGUCUGUAAAGUGUUUAUGCGGGAGUAAUUCUACUUCCUAUUCAUACAUAAAUUUUUACUUAAUGUUCUUCGUUGUAGCCACUGUUUAUAUCAUACAGAACUACAUUCAAAUGUUCAACAAAGUAGCAAAUAUGAGUGAAUUGCUAUCUGCUGUAAAUGUUUUAUUGUUAUCUUUGUAAAGGUGUAAAAAAUAAAAGCAAACCCUUUUUUUUCUUUAUCACA